AUGUUUUUAAAUACAAAUUUUAUUAAAGACUUAGAAGAAGAAAAUACGAAAAUUACUAAGAGAACAAUUGAAGAAGAUUUUGAAAAAAAAAAAAGACAAAAAAAGAUUUAUAAAUGUACAUUCGAAGGAUGUAAUAAGGCUUAUUCUAAGCCAUGUCGUAUCGAGGAACAUAUAAGAUCUCAUACGGGAGAGCGACCAUUUGUCUGUAAUUAUAAAGGAUGUGAAAAAGCAUUUUUUAGAAAAUCACAUUUAAAGGCACAUAUUCAUUCUCAUAUUAAUGAAAGGCCAUAUUUUUGUAGAUUUAAAGACUGUAUAGCAAGAUUUAAUACAAAUCAACAUUUAAAAAGACAUGAAGCAAUUCAUCUUAGGGAAACCCCUUAUAAGUGUACUAAAUAUCCACCAUGUACGGCGGAAUUUCAUAAACACCAUCAACUUUUAAUCCAUAUUGCUAAUACACAUACUCAUAAAAAACCAUUUCUUUGUGAAUAUGAUCAAUGCAAAAAAUCUUUUGAUACAGGAUCUAAACUUAACUCCCACAUAUCUCGUAUUCAUGUACCAAUUCCAAGCUAUUUUUGUGAAAUAGAAGAUUGCAACCAAAAAGAAGGGUUUUCGAAAUUGUCAUUAUUACAAAAACACUUAAAAAAUGAUCAUUGUGUAAUAUGUAAAGUAUGCAAUAAGAAAUUUUCGACAAAUACUCAAUUAAAACUUCAUUUACAAGUUCAUGAAAAAAGUUUGGAAGAAAGGAGAUUAUAUCAUUGUUCUAUAAAUAAUUGUCAGAAAAGCUUUACAAGGUCUUUUGCCCUCCAAAAACAUAUCGAAAUUGUUCAUGAACAAAAGAAAGAAUUUGUAUGUAAUAUCGAUAACUGUGGCAUGAAAUUUGGAUACAAAAAAUUAUUGAUAGCACACAAAUUAUAUCUUCAUAAUCAAUCCGAAGAAAAUUAUAUAAAAAAAAUACGUUCAAAAGUAGCAGCUAAAGUUGGGCCCGUAAGUCUUUUAACAGGAUUUGAUUAUUCAGAGAGCGGUAGAGACAUUUCAUGCCUUGUUCAAGGAUGUAAAUGGCAGUUUUUAAGGGAGUAUGAUCUAAAAAGACAUAUAAAAAGCUAUCAUUCUGAUAUAGUAAUUUAA